AUGGAACGGGGAUGGAGGAAUACCAAGAAAUACACUUUCAAAUUUCCUGACUUAACAGAGUUGAAGAAGCUUGGUUCUAUGAUUGUUAGUCCAGAGGAUCUCAGAGCUCAGUAUGGAAGACUUAUGGGUAUCUUGAAGACCAAGGUUGAAGAUGGAGUUCUCAACACACUGGUACAGUUUUAUGAUACACUCUACCAUUGCUUCACAUUUCCAGACUACCAGCUUAUGCCUACUCUAGAAGAAUACUCUUAUUGGUUUGGUUUGCCAGUCUCUGAUAAAUUACCAUUCAGUGGUUCAGAGAAGACCCAUACAUCAGCAGCUAUUGCAGAAGCACUUCACCUAGAAGCGUCUGUUGUGAAGGACAACUUCACUAAAAAAGGAGGGAUUCUAGGUCUAAUCUCUAGAUUCCUGUUGGAGAAAGCCUUUAUCUUUGCAGAAGCAGAUAGUAAAGAUACCUUUGAAUCCAUUUUUGCUCUACUCAUUUAUGGAAUUGUACUCUUCCCAAACAUUGAAGACUUCGUGGAUGUUAAUGUUAUACGAAUCUUCUUAAUUGGUAACCCAAUACCCACAUUACUUGGAGAUACCUACCAUUCUAUCCAUCACAGGAUUAAGAAAGGUGGUGGAACCAUUCUUUGUUGUGCACCUCUCCUAUAUAAGUGGUUUAUUUCUCACUUGCCCAGAUCCAGGCUCUUCAGGGAGAAUCCGCAGAAGCUCAGAUGGUCUCAGAGGUUCAUGUCCAUUGAUCAAGGGAGUAUACAUUGGUAUGACCCCUCUUAUGAUGUUGGAGUAAUUAUUGACAAUUAUGGUGAAUUUACUAACGUACCUCUCAUUGGUGUACAUGGGGGAAUUAACUACAACCCCAUCCUUGCCAAACGCCAGUUAGGAUAUCCUAUGGCAGAUAAACCCGCCAACCUUCUGUUGUCAGGUUUCUUUUACCUCAACGACGAAAAGAGUUCCGGUUUGAAGGAUAGAAUCAUACAUGCUUGGUGCAAGAUUCAUAGAAAAGGAAAAGACUGA